AGUCGGCAGUCCAGCAUCAUUCAGAGUACUCAACUCGAGCUGUGAGGAGGUCCAAUUUUAGUGCUCCGAUUAGAAAUUAAACUGAUCCAAGUGCAACCCUUUUAAGUAAUUCUCGACGUCGUUUUAGGCAAAUACCCACAUACAAGAGUCACGCAGUGGAUCGUUCCGCGGAUUUGCAUAGAGCAGCAUUUCAAUUAAAGAUCGGAUCAGAUCAGACCUCCAAAGGCGAAACGCACUAUAAACCAUAAACCAUGGGAGGAAGAAGUCGGACUCUUCAAUUGGUCUUCAUAGCUCUAAUUGCAAUCGCUCAAUGGCAGACGAUUGCUGCAGUGCCAGUCUCCAACGAGGAGCUGCGCGGAACCAUCCAGUCGCUGAUCUACUCCUACAACCAACUGGACAACAAGUUGGAGCGACACGAGCAUCGGGAACGGGCCUUGGGCGAAUUGCUGAAGAAGGCCCUGCAAUCCCUGCAAAAGGGACAAAAGAGCCUGGAGCCAAUUAAUGGCAUAUUCGGAAGACUGGACGAAAGGGUCAGCCAAAUAGAGACCAUGUUGAUUACGCAAGAGGAGAAGUACAAUGGGCAGUCGGACCGCUUCAACCAGGCCACGGAGCACAUGUUCAAGUGGAUGAGGGAGAACGACGAGUGCUUCAAGAGACCGCCGGUCAGUGCCAACCUGGUUGCUCCUCCGCCCGCCCCCGCACCUUCCAUCCCUAAGGAGUUCCUGGAGGAGCAAAGGCGGUCCAAUGCCAAUUUGCAAAAGCAGAUUCAGGACCUUACUGCCAGCGUGGCCUUGCUGAUAGAAAGCAGCCAGAAGGCAGCUGUCCAGACCCAACAGAAUUUGGAGAAGCUGCCCAAGGGACCGGAAUUGCUGUCCCAGAUCGAGGCCAAACUGCAGGAGCACUCCGCCAGUGUAACCACCGCCGCUCCGCCCAAGAACAAUGAAUUCGAGGCCCAACUCCUGGGGCGUCUGACUUCGCUGGGCGGACAGGUGUCCGAGUUGAGUGAAACUGUCCAACGUCCUGCUGCUCCAGUCGGCCUCACCGAAAAGGAUCGGGCCUACAUCCAGGAGCUGAAUAACGACACCCUCAACGCUUUGGCGCAGCUAAAGACCGAGUCCUCCGCCGUACAAAAAUCAGCCUUGACGCAGACCACGGAGCGACUGCAGCAGACGGAGGCGAACAUCCAGGCGGAUGUUCGUCAGCUCUCCACGGACGUGGGCAUCCUCAACAAAUACUUCGCCUCGGCCAAUGAGAGCAGUGCCAAGCUGAACGACGGAUUGGAGGCUCUGGGCAGGUUUAACAACAUCAUCAUGACCAACUCCGAGGUGGUGCUGGACACACAGCGCAAGGUCGAGUUCGGAACGCUGAAUGUGGUGCAGCGGGUGGGCAAGUUAUUGGAGGAGGAGGUGGGCAAGCUGAGCGAACUGCUGAAGGAGCGCUUCUCAUCGCUGAACGGAACGGUGGUGAAUACCCAACAGGAGGCGAACAAGAACAUGAGUGGACUGCUGGAGACGGAGCUGAACCAGGUGUGGCACCGCAUUGAGAUCAUGGCCGGCGAGAUCAGUCAGAGCAGGGAUAUGCUUGCGAUGAUGCAGUCCGCAUCCGAUGGAUACAUCAACGGCACUCUAGCCACUAUGAUGGGACUGGGCAGCCGGGUGGAGGAGACCAAGAAGCACAUGAUCGCCAUGGACGAGAACCUCAACUUCCUCCUGGGCAAGCUGUCCCUGAUGUCCAGCGAGUUCGCCAAUAUUAAGAGGGGCUUGGCCGAGUCCCUCGAGGAUCUUCGCAACUCCUUCCAUGACAUCCAUGAGCGGAUGCCUACGGGUCCCGGUCCCCAUAACACCGAUAAGAACAAGUAUCAGACCGAUGUCAAUCUGCUGUCCAAGCGCCAUGCUGAACCUGAAAGGGAAUAGAUGGGAACAUGAGAUUUAUCCAAGAAUUGACAAAAUACAAUACUCCUAACCAUAGCGUAUAAGUCGGCCCACUUAAUAAAUAAACAUUUAGUUGCGCUUAAGUAAAUAGCAUUUUUAGAUCAAUACAAAUUGGAUUAGGUAUGGAAAACUCAAUAUUUACCAAGAUAUCCAAAUAAAAUCUCUUAAACAUAACAAUAACAAUGUAGUAAUACUUCAAAAUAGUGUUAUUGACUUAAUCGCAACUGUAGAUAUUUAUGCAAAUCGGUCUGAAAACCUUAAACCCUGCCCCGAAUACACUUCAUUACGAACAAUA